AUGGUUUCAAUGUAUCGAUCUGUUCUAGGAAUCCUGUUUCUCUCUUCCGUUGCCUUCCCAGCCCUUUACCAGCCUCUUCUCACACACCUGUGGCAAUGGCUGAUACGGAACCCUCUGUAUCGCUUGUCGACUUUUGAGACGAUAUGGACAGUCCUUCUUUACGCAGUAAUCGAGGUGUCUAUGACGAUUGUAUUCAUGCGAAACCCGCAAUGGAGAUUUGCGGUUCAGCAGGAUACGAAAGAGGGCCGGGGGGAUACAGCUAGGAAGCCACAUGGGAUGCGACGCCCUUCGCGGCGAUGGGGCGAGGCUAUCACGUACAUGACGCCGCUACUACUCAUGGAUCUGACCAUGAUCAAGAAGUUUGCCGAUGUUCCGCUUACUGCAAUGCUAGAGUCGGGCAAUUACCACGCGGCCGCGGCAGCAAUCGCAGCAAACAACUCCACUACGGCGUAUCACAGUACAUUUCUGGUGCCAACACUGCACAACAUGACGAUGUCUUCGCCGCUGCAAACGCAACGCGCUCUUCCAGACCUUCCUCCUACGAGCCGCCGAAUCGCCCUCGAGCUCGCGACGAGCUUUUUCCUCUACGAUGCGCUCUUCUUCCUCUUCCACUACUCGCUUCACGUCAUACCCGUGGUCAAGCGAUGGCACGCACCGCACCAUCGACACGCCGAGAUACACCCCCAGAUCACCAACCAGUUGCACAUUCUCGAGCGACUGGGCCUGGUGCUGCUGGCCAACUUCAGCCUCAACAUCAUAAAGAGCCAUGUCUUCACGCGGACUUUGUUUGUACCCAUAUUCGUAUGGCUAUUAGUCGAGCUGCAUUCGGGGCUGGAUCUCCCGUGGGGUUAUGAGAAGAUACUGCCUAAGGGUUGGGGAGGCGGAGCCAGAAAGCACAGCCUCCAUCAUGCACGAGGCGGUGGAGGCUACGAGUCUUCUGAGGGAGCAAAAAACGCAAAAAGUAAACUAAAUAUUUAA